AUAUAAUUAAACCUAAGCAUUUCUCUAUUUUGAAUGAAUGUAAAGUUAGCACAAAAUAUGAGUAAUAGGUUAACCAUGACACAGUUUUUAUUCUGUUUCAGGCAAAACCAAAAUGUGGUUGUUAUUAACAGUGGCAAGUUUGAUAUCUGCACUUGGAACUACACAUGGUUUCUUUGGAAAAUCAGAUCCUGAAAACCCUGAAGUGAAUAUGAAUAUUAGUCAGAUGAUAUCCUACUGGGGAUACCCAAGUGAAGAAUAUGAGGUUUUUACUGAAGAUGGUUAUGUCCUUAGGAUAAACAGAAUUCCAUAUGGGAAGAAAAGUUCAGAGAAUAGAGGCCGGAGACCUGUUGUGCUUUUGCAGCACGGUUUGCUUGCAUCAGCCACAAACUGGAUUUCCAACCUGCCCAACAACAGCCUGGGAUUCAUCCUGGCAGAUGCUGGUUGUGACGUGUGGCUGGGAAACAGCAGGGGAAACACCUGGUCCAGGAGAAAUAUAUACUAUUCAUCAGACUCAACUGAAUUCUGGGCUUUCAGCUUUGAUGAAAUGGCUAAAUAUGACCUUCCAUCCACAAUCGACUUCAUUUUAAAGAAAACGGGGCAGCAGAAGCUACAUUAUGUUGGCCAUUCCCAGGGCACCACCAUCGGUUUCAUUGCCUUUUCUACCAAUCCUGAGCUGGCUAAAAGAAUCAAAACCUUUUAUGCAUUAGCUCCUGUAGCCACUGUGAAGCAGAGCAAAAGCCUGCUGAAGAAACUUACACGUGUUCCUCCAUUCCUCUUAAGGAUUAUAUUUGGUUACAAAAUAUUCUACCCACACAGCUUUUUUGAUCAGUUCCUUGCUACUGAAGUGUGCUCCCGUGAAGCACUGGAUCGCCUCUGCAAAAACGUCUUAUUCAUCUUUUGUGGAUUUGACAAUAAGAACCUGAACAUGAGUCGCCUUGAUGUCUAUCUAUCACAUAAUCCAGCAGGAACUUCAGUUCAGAAUGUCCUCCACUGGACCCAGGCUGCUAAGUCUGGGAAGUUCCAAGCUUUUGACUGGGGAAGCCCAGUUCAGAACAUGAUGCACUAUGAUCAGCCCAUACCUCCCACCUACAAUUUGACAGCUAUGCAUGUGCCAACUGCAGUGUGGAACGGUGGCAAUGACUUGUUGGCUGACCCUGGAGAUGUUGACGUUUUGCUUACACAACUCCCUAAUCUCAUUUACCACAAGAAGAUUCCUCCUUACAAUCACUUGGACUUUAUCUGGGCAAUGGAUGCCCCUCAAGAAAUUUACAAUGAAGUUAUCUCUAUGACGGGAAAAGAUAAAAAUUAGUUCUGGGUUAAAGAAUUACCAUUCAUUCCUCAAAAAUAUUGUCUUCUCUCAUCCGUGCUUUUCUGUAAUGAUUGAUAUGCAGUGCUCCUUCCUGUCAUUUUGACUUUAGAAACAUGGUCGCAUCAACAAACUUUCCAUUUUCAUUUUGAAUUUAAAUUUUGGCUUUCUCUUUAUACAUUUUGAAACACUUGAAGGAGCAUAUUCCUGGGGUGGUGAAACUUCUCUUCCAAUCCUUUCCUUCAGUUUAUCUUCUAAACUCAACAGAGAUUAUGAGCCAUGAAUCAUGAGUGUUGCCAAGACACUGGGAUUUAAUAUUGACACCUCUUGUGCAUGCUGGAGAUUGAAUAAAUUGCUUUGCAUUGUCUAUUGUUGUUGAAGCUCAGUCUCUCUGUAUGGUGGAUCUAUCACUUGCUCUUUCGUGAGUUUAACUCCAUGGAAAGGCAAAUUAGGCUAGAAACUGAAUGGAAGUCAGCUCACUUUCAUUUCUUGGGAAAACAGGUUAGGAAUCAAUAGGCAACCCCAGCUGAAAACACUGGGAGGUAAAGGAUAUGCUCUCCUACUGCUAUUCUGCCCCCAUAUCCACAAAACACACACCAAAAAAUCAAAAGAUCUAUGAAAUCACUACCACUGUCAUGGCAGCCAGAGGGUCCAGAAACAACCCCACUAAUAUUUAAGUCAGGAUGUACAGCUGCCACCA